AACUACUCCGGAAGAGGCCUGUGACAGAUCGGCCUUUGUAACUUCGAGAAGAUGUCGCUAUUGCUUUGCAGAAACGACCAUCGCGAUUUCAACCAGUCUGCCGUAUCUGACAGGCGAGGCCUUACCGCUGGCGCGGACGAUGCAGACCUCUUUGAUGGGCAUGGCGGAAACUCGGGCUAACCACUCUCAGGUGUCACUGUCGGAUUUGUCGUCAUUCCACAGGGCAUGGCAUAUGCGCUGUUGGCCCAGCUGCCUCCGGAAUAUGGACUCUAUACUUCGUUCGUCGGGUUUUUACUCUACUGGGCCUUUGCUACUUCGAAGGAUAUCACGAUUGGUACCGUUGCCGUCAUGUCUACUAUCGUAGGGAACAUUGUCAUCCGCGUUCAAGAGGUCAACCCUGACCUAAGCGCCGAAUCAAUCGCAAGAGCCCUCUCAGUCAUUUCUGGAUCUGUGCUUCUCUUUAUUGGCUUGAUCCGCUUCGGAAGAAUCGUCGAGUUUAUCCCGUUGGUCGCUAUCACCUCCUUUAUGACUGGAGCCGCCAUUUCAAUCGGCGCUGGUCAAGUCCCAGCACUAUUGGGUAUCAAAGGUGUCAACAAUCGGGGGCCCACCUACCAGGUCAUCAUCGACACCUUGAAGGGUCUUCCGAACACGAAGCUUGAUGCUGCUAUGGGCUUGACAGCACUUACCAUGCUUUAUGCAAUCCGCAUAUUCUGUAGCUGGAUGAGCACGAAGCAGGCCCACAGGAAGAAGUUCUGGUUCUUCGUCAGCACUCUUCGCAUGGCGUUUGUGAUCUUGCUUUAUAUCUUGAUCAGUUGGCUUGCCAAUCGCCAUGUCAAGGACGCGAAGAAAGCUAAAUUCAAGAUUUUGGGGAAGGUUCCGAGAGGUUUCCAGCACGCGGGUGCUCCCACCAUUACCCCGGAACUCUUAUCUGCGAUUGCGCCAGAUCUUCCGGUCACCAUCAUUGUUCUGAUUCUCGAACACAUCGCCAUUUCCAAGUCCUUCGGUCGCAUCAACAACUAUGUCAUCAACCCAUCUCAGGAGCUCGUCGCAGUGGGGUUCACAAACGUGCUUGGACCAUUCCUUGGGGCCUAUCCAGCUACGGGUUCUUUCUCUCGCACAGCUAUCAAGUCGAAGGCAGGCGUGCGCACCCCCCUAGCCGGUAUUUUCACCGCAAUCAUUGUCCUUCUGGCGCUUUAUGCACUCACAAGCGUCUUCUUCUACAUCCCGAUGAGCAGCCUAGCAGCGAUCAUUAUCCACGCGGUUGGUGACCUUAUCACGCCUCCCAAUGUCGUGUACCAGUUCUGGGAAACGUCGCCCCUCGAGGUCCUCAUUUUCUUCGCCGGCGUCUUUGUCACCAUCUUUACCAACAUCGAGAACGGAAUCUACGUCGCAAUCGCCGCGUCAGCGGCCUUGCUGCUCUGGCGUCAGCUCUUUACCCACGGUACUAUACUCGGCAGAGUCCAGAUCUACCGCGCGACUCCGGAUACUAUUGGCCACAAGGAGAGCGAGGGACACGGCUUGGGUAUCCGUGAGGCCUACCUGCCGGUUAAUCACAAAGAUGGGAGUAACCCACAAAUCGAGGUCGAGUCUCCAUAUCCCGGCAUCCUGAUUUACCGCUUUACCGAAGGCUUCACCUAUUUGAACCAACAGGGCUACAUGGAUGAGCUUGUCGCUCAUGCGCAGCAUAUAGCCCGCCCAACUAAGCUCGACAGAUAUACCAAACUCGGAGACCGGCCGUGGAACGACCCUGGUCCGCGACGCGGUGAGCAAAUCAACUUCGACGACAACCGCCCCAUUCUCCGCGCGAUCAUCCUCGACUUCUCCGCCGUCAAUCACGUCGAUGUAACGUCCGUGCAAGGCCUCAUUGACGUCCGCGCACAACUUGAUCGCUACGCAGCCCCAGAGCUCGUAGAAUGGCACUUCGCAUCCAUCAACAGCCGCUGGACGAAGCGCUCUCUUACCACCGCGGGUUUUGGAUAUGUCGAUGCGGAGAGGUUUCGUGCGAGGCACAGACAGCACUGGAACCCAGUGUAUAGCUUUGCGGCGCUGGAUACGACGGCGCCGACCCGUGCGCAGAAGAGCGAGGGAGAUCCGGAGGCGCAAGAUGAGAUUGAGAUUGGGAGAGCGGGUACGGGUACGCAGAAGGACGGGGUUUUGCCGGGGAAGCUAGGUACGGUACAUGGGUUGAACAGGCCGUUCUUCCAUAUUGAUGUGCAGGCUGCGGUGGAGAGUGCGAUCGCGGGCGUCGAGUAUAAGCUUACGCACACUACGUCGGGAAGUUCGGGUAAUGAGGUUGUGCAGACGAAGAGGGAUUGAGGUGGAUGCCGGGAAGGAACCCCCCGGUGAAGCUGUAAUGCUCUUGGCCUUUUUCUUUCUUUGCAGUGGUCUGCAGUGCAUUGAUUAAACACAGCCAGCAUAGCUGGCCCUCCUCAGCAGUGGAAUGUCCCCAGCGAAGAUUCCGAAUUACAUACAUUCUUUCCAGCGGACCGGCUACUUUUAGCUCACUCAUUCGCUUGGUUCGACCGCAAUGGUCCAAAUUUGCAUUCAC